AUGUCAAAGAAAUACCCUGCCCCCGACGCGCCAGUAGUCCGGAUAAUUGUGUUGGAGACGGACAACCCCCAUCCUGACACCCAUGCAGCGAAAGGGAGCUUUGGAGAAAUUCUGCAUACACACUUCCAGCAUGCCGGCGCUGAACACGACCCUCCGUUGGGAGUCGAUACAGAUCAGAAGUUCGUGGUAGAGGAAAAGGGAGGUACAGUCCCAUCAUUUGAAGAUUUCGACAGCUAUCAAGGUGUCCUGAUCACCGGAAGCAUGUAUGAUGCACACGGAGAUAAUCCCUGGAUUCUCAAACUCCUCGGAGUUUUACAAGAACUCUGGGAGCGCCGGCCGGAUCUCCACUUGAGCGGCGUGUGCUUCGGCCACCAGCUUCUCAAUCGGAUGCUCGGCGCCGAAGUCGCACCAGCGCCAUCAGAAGACUGGGAGUUAGGCCACUGUCGGAUCGACCUUUCCCCGGUGGACCAAGUCGUCGCGCCACCUACCACCGAGAGCUCCAAGGGCCUAUUGAAGCCGAGCGACAAGGUGGAUGUGUGGGGUCACAGUGAGCACACCAAGGUGCAGGGCGUCUACAUCAAGGGCCGGCUCUUCACAUCACAGGCGCAUUUGGCGUUUGAUGAGGAUAUGGUAAAAAGGCAGAUCCAAAUGAGGAUUGACAGUGGCGGUAUUCAGGAUAUGGAACAUGCGGACCAGGCGGCGGAGACUGCGCAUUGGGAACACGAUGUAGAGACCCAGUCCACACCACAAUGUGUGUGGCCAAAUUUGAGGACGGAUAAAGAUAUCCGAUGUUGUUUCAUUACCACGAUGACAUGGUUCAAUAUGAAGAAGUUCAACAUAUUGCUUUGUCGCCUCUCCCUCUCCCUUGGUCUACAAGAAGACGAUCCCACCGGUAGUCUUGAGACUUAUGUGGUGAUUAUGCUCCGGCAACAUCCAUCGCGUAUCACUGCAUCAGUCAGCUUUGAAAAGAAGACCCCGGGGAAGUCCGCCUUUGCAAAAUACUUUCUGCUCAUCUCACCGCCUCAAAAGAUGACUUCAGCGUCCAAUUUUCCAGGAGUCGGGACGCAUCUUGUUUACAGAAAGCCGCCGCCAACACCGGAGUUUCUCAACACGCCAACCAAUCUUUAUUCCGAUGCUGAGAAUUACAGAGAUAAGCGCGAAGUUUUUGUUCGUAACAUUCGCGCCGAGAUGAAUCAGUUCACUACCGCGAGUGAUGGCUUGGAGUUCGUGAAGCAUAGGGUUGAUGUUAAAGACUGGUCUGACGAGGAUGAGGUUCGCGAGGUGAUACUUCGAGACACCCAAGAGCUUCUCAAGAAACAAAUUCGACACUCUGAUAUAAGUGGAAUCAGGAAAGACACCACGCCGGUUUACUCUAUUCACGGCGACUUGACUGUUAGAAGUGGCCUUGAGCUCCUGGAAGAUACUAUUCCCAAAAUGGAUCACCCGCCCAAAUCUAUGCCUCCUAAGGGUCGAGUUCUCAUGGUCAACGUAUGGAGGCCUCUGAAGACGAUCAAACGCGACCCGAUUGCCUUUCUAGUGCCCAAAAGCAUUAGAUCUCAGGAACGACAUGCACAGAUCUUCUCACGACCUGAAGGAAAAUUCAAAGUCUUUGGCAAGGACGCUCAAGACUUCUGGCUGGAUACAGCUUCCUACAGCGAGGACCAUGAUUGGGUGUUUCUGGACCAUCAGCAACCAGAUGAGCCUGUCCUGUUUCUUCAAUGGGACAGUGCAUCAUUGGAGAGUUUCGAGUCGAGGAUGGCUGUGUUUCAUAGUUCUUUUGAGGAUUCUAGAUAUAUGGACGAGGCGGAACGAGCGAGCAUCGAGCUCAAGUGUCUUGUUUUCUUGGACAAGUGA